AUGGCUCUCGCAAGACAUGUUGAUCCCGAUGAGCUGAUUAAGUCCCUCCACGACCAUCCUAUUCACAAAGCCAGCCGUAACAAAGACCGCUUCACCUCUCACAUUACGCCGUAUUCCAGCCGCUACGCGAGCUCGACAGAGCUAUCCAAAUUCCAGAUUCCCCAUGAUGGAGCUCCGGCGGAGGUCGUUCAUCAAUUGCUCAAAGAUGAGCUCGACUUGGAUGGCCGUCCGCAAUUGAAUCUGGCGUCUUUCGUCGGAACAUAUAUGGAGAAAGAGGCAGAGCAGCUCAUGGUCGAGAACCUCUCCAAGAACAUGAGCGAUGCCGACGAGUAUCCCGCCAUGAUGGAUAUGCAUGGCCGGUGCGUUUCAAUCCUCGCUCACCUCUGGGGCGUUCAGAAGGGCGAAAAGGCUAUUGGGUCUGCGACGACUGGCUCAAGCGAAGCAAUCCACCUGGGCGGUCUGGCCAUGAAGCGCCGCUGGCAAGAGAAAAGGACGAAGGAAGGAAAGGACACACUGAAGCCCAACAUUUUGAUGGGCUCCAACGCUCAGGUAGCUUUGGAGAAAUUCGCUCGCUACUUCGAGGUAGAGGCUCGCAUUCUGCCAGUAUCCGCCAAGUCAAACUACCGAUUGGAUCCCGAACUUGUGAAAGAAAACAUUGACGAAAACACCAUUGGUGUUUUCGUGAUUCUGGGUUCUACCUACACCGGUCACUACGAGCCAGUGGAAGAAGUUAGCAAGAUUCUUGAUGAGUACGAGAAGAAGACGGGUGUAGACAUCCCGAUCCACGUCGAUGGCGCUUCCGGGGCGUUCAUUGCUCCUUUUACACAUGCGAAAGCAGGACAGAAGUGGAACUUCGAGCUGCCCCGAGUGAAGUCAAUCAACGUCAGUGGACAUAAGUUUGGCUUGGUCUACGCUGGUGUUGGAUGGAUCAUCUGGAGAGAUGAGAGCUACCUACCUAAGCAUCUCGUUUUCGAACUGCACUAUCUGGGUGGAACAGAAGAGUCCUACACCUUGAACUUCUCCAGACCCGGAGCGCAGAUUAUCGCGCAGUAUUACAACCUUAUUCAUUUGGGCUUUACCGGUUACCGGAGCAUAAUGGAGAACACACUUGCAAACGCUCGGCUGCUGAGUCGCGCGCUGGAGCACACGGGCUGGUACCGUUGUGUUAGCGAUAUUCACCGGAAGAAGGGCGAUCACGCGUACGAGAAGGGCAAGGCGCCCUACGACUCUGGCGAGGACAGUGCCGACUACAAUGCCGGCCUUCCCGUCGUCGCCUUUACGUUCACCGAUGAUUUCAAGAAAGACUACCCGCAUCUGAAAGAAGAUGCAGUGCAAAAUCUGAUGAGGUCGAAGCAGUACAUCAUUCCGAGUUACCCGUUGCCGCCGAAUGAAGAGAAGACACAGAUUCUUCGCGUCGUCGUUCGUGAAACGCUGUCGUUGGAUAUGAUUGACCGUCUGGUUACGGAUCUUUGCAACGUGACGGAGAGCAUGAUGAACAGUGAUGCAGCGGACCUGGCAGCGACCGUGCUGACCGAAGUUCCACCAGAAACAACAUGCUUCGGCAGGCCUGCCCUCGCAUCAGAAGCAUAA